AUGUCACAUUCUCCUAACUCGGGGUAUGAGGGCCAUACCCCAAUGACGGCCGCCAUACAGAGCGCAGAGCCCACUCGCCUCUCUGAUCCCGAAUCGAAACCUACCAAGAUGGACAAAGAGAUAGAAGCCACGGAGAAGGACUCAUCCAGCGCCAAUCGCGCGACCUCGGUCGAUAGCGGAUCUAUGAAAUCUACAUAUGAUCACACUCAUCGCAAGCUCAAGCCCCGCCAUGUACAAUUGAUCGGAAUCGGAGGAACAAUUGGCACAGCCCUAUACGUUCAGAUCGGAUCUGGACUGCGGACCAGUGGCCCCGCCAGUUUGUUCAUUGGAUUCAGUCUUUGCAUUCCUCCCACCCCUGAAACCGUAUCCUAUAUGAUCCCAAAUGCGCCAACGGUUCGGCUUCUUGCCCUAACGCCGACUGAUUGCCCAAUCGCUGCAACGUUCCUCCCGUCUUGCUCUCUCAUCUCGUUUCGUAGUAUGACAUCCAGACUCACAAUUUCUUUUCUAGGCUUGGCUGAAAUGGUCACAUACCUCCCUAUCUCGUCGCCGUUCAUUCGAUUCGCCGGCCGUUACGUCGAUGAAGCUUUGGGUGUUGCCGCUGGCUACAACUUCUUUAUUUUCGAGGCGGCUCUGGUACCAUUCGAGAUUGUCGCCGUCAGCUUGAUUAUUAGAUACUGGACCGACGUGAUUCCCGUCGCAGCCAUGAAUGUGGUUAUCAUCAUACUCUAUGGAGUACUCAAUCUCUUUGCUGUGAAAUGGUACGGUGAAGCAGAGUUCUGGCUCUCACUGGGCAAGGUAUUGCUGAGCAUAGGCCUGAUCUUCUACACCUUCAUCGUCAUGUUGGGCGGCAACCCGCUCGGCGAUCGGUUUGGCUUCCGUUAUUGGAACGAACCAGGUGCCUUCAACGAGUACUACAAGACAGGCGAUACCGGCAAGUUCCUCGGUGUCCUCGCAGCUGUCAUCACAGCCAGUUUCACCAUCGCCGGUCCGGACUAUGUCUCUAUGGCCGCUGGCGAGACCAUUAACCCACGCAAGGUGCUGCCCAAGGCCUUCAACGGUGUCUUCUACCGUCUCACGGCAUUCUUCGUUCUUGGUGUUCUUUGCGUCGGCAUUCUGGUCCCGUACAACGAUAAGACCAUGGCCGAUGCUUUCGACAAUGGCAAGCCUGGUGCUGCUGCCUCGCCCUACGUCAUCUCCAUGGAUCGCUUGAAGAUCCCCAUCUUGCCAGACAUCGUCAACGCCGUCAUUCUCACUGCUUCGUUCAGUGCGGGCAACAGUUAUAUGUACUGUGCCAGUCGCAGUCUGUACGGUCUAGCGCUUGAAGGCAAAGCUCCGAGGCUGCUUACGAAGUGCACCAAGAAUGGCGUUCCCGUCUACUGUGUCGGCAUAGUGCUCAUCAUCGGCCUCUUAAGCUUCUUGCAGGUAUCUAACAGCGCAUCGGUCGUCCUAAACUGGUUUGUCAAUCUGGUCACCGCCUCCCAGCUCAUCAACUUCUCCGUCGUCACUUUCACCUUCGUCCGUUUCAAGAAAGCUCUCGCCGCCCAAGGCAUUGCCAGGGAAACAUUGCCAUACCGCAGCUGGUUUCAGCCGUACAUCGCAUACUUCGCUUGCGCAAGCACCACGAUCAUGGCUUUUGUCGGUGGCUACACCGUCUUCCUUCCCGGCAACUGGUCCAUCCCGACAUUCCUUUUCUCCUACACCAUGAUAGGCGUCUUCCCGGUCAUUUACUUCGGGUGGAAAUUGUUCCACGGGACCAAGCUCCUCAAGCCUGAGGAGGUCGAUCUGGUUACUGGUGUCCCUGAGAUCGAGGAGUAUACCAGAGAAUUUGUGGUCAUACCGCCGAAAACAGUCGUGCACAAGUGGUUCCAAAUUAUCUUUGAAUAA